AUGAAAAAUGUAAAUAAGAAAUAUAGUGGUAUUUCUCAGAAUUUAACAAAAAUUUUAAGCAAUGUAGAAAUAAUUUUAAAUAAAAAUGCGGAAAACAUAUUUUAUGUAAAAAAUGUUAUUUGUUAUUUUUACUUUACUUAUUACAUAACGCAUUCUCCUAUUGAUGAUGAUUCUUUGAGAGUAUUAGAAAAGUAUAAGAGAAAAACAUUUUUAAUAUAUAAUGAAAGAUUAAAACUAAUAAGUGAUGUAAUUUUGUACAUAUUAAAGAAUGACAUAUUCUGUUAUAAUAAAGUAAUUUUAAAUAGAGAAUUUAUUAUUUUGGAAAAUUAUCAAAAUGAAAAUUACGUAAUUGAAAAUUAUUUAAAUAGCGUAAGGAAAGGAAAAAAGGAAAUAUUUUUGGAUUUUUUAAAAAUUAAAAUAAAAAAUGAGGAAUUACUUCCUUUUAUGGUUUUACUUUGUUGUAGUGAUUAUAAGUAUUUAGAAAAUAUGUGCAUUUUUAUGAUUAUAACAUUAUAUGUAAUUUAUACUUUUUUAGAAAAAUAUAAUGUAAAAACUAAAUUAUUAAAGGAAGAAAUGAAUAUUUUUCAAGUAGAUAAAUUAUAUUUAUAUAUAUCUGAUAGAUAUAAAAUGGAUGGCUAUUUUAUGUGCACAAAUAAAGUAAUUAAUAUUGUUUUAAGCUUUUAUAUAAACUUACUAAAUAUUGGAAAAAAUGAAAUAUUAAAUAUAAUUAAUGGGAAAGUAGUAUUUGAAAAUAUAAAUAAAAAUAAAGUCAAGUAUAAAAAUUCUAUAAUUUUAAGUAGACUUAUAGAAUCAAGUAUUGAUAAAAAUAUAAUGUAUGAAAAAUUACAGUUUUUAUUUAUAACUAUUUGUAAUGGAUUAUUAUUGAUUUUAGAAAAUUUAGUAUGUGUUAAUUAUUUAACUUUUGUUAUUUUGGAUAUUUUUAUACUUAUUUCUAAAUAUUAUCCCUCCUUUAUAAAAAAAAACAUAGAAAAGUUUAUCAGUAUAUUUUGUAAAUUUGUUUUAAAUUCACAACUAUUCUUUUUUUUUAUUAACAAAUUACAAGGAAUUUUUAAAAACGAAAAAUUAUUAACUUUUGAAGUUUAUUCUAAAACAAUUAAUUAUAUUUUAGAAAAAUUAGACAAAAAUUAUGAUAAUGUUCAAGAAUUAUUUCUUUUAUUAUUUUUUUAUAUUAUUUAUAUAAAGCUUUUUUUGGUUAAACUUUUAAAGAAUAAUACACAUAUUAUAAAUUUUUUACUUUUAUCACUGAAUUAUUUAAAUAAUUAUUUAUGCCACCUAAUAAAAAUGUGGAAUUUUAAUUUCCCAAUUUUUUUUUCUUUUAAAAAAUUAAUUAAUGAGUAUAUUGAAAUAUAUGUAUUAUUAAUAAAUAAUUUUUUAAAUAUUGAUUCUUCUAUAUUUUCUGAAAAAAAAAUAAUAGAAGGAAAUAGCUCAUUAGAAUAUUUCAUUAAUGAAAAUAUAAAACAAUCUCUAAUUUAUAAUAAAAAUAUAAUAAAUCAUAAAAUGAGUAUCAAUAUGUUGAAUUUAUUAGAACAGAUAAUUAAUAAAAAUGUGUAUUUAGAAAAGAUAAAUAAUUAUAAUAUAGAGAAGAAGGAAAAGGAAAAGGAAAAGAUGGAGGAUAUAUGUAACAAUAUUCUGAAAAUCGAAAAAACAAAUCAUGAAAAAGAGUGUAUAAAUGAAUAUACGAAACGAAAUGUAGAUUAUAAAGAUUCAUAUAACCUUAAAGAUGAAGAUAAGAUUGAUUAUUUCAAAAAUGAUUAUAGUGAUAUUUUAAAAAUUUGUAAAAUCAUACUAAAAGAUUUUUCGGAAAUUAUAAUAGCAUGUGUUUAUAAAAUGAAGGAUAAAAAAAAAUUAAUUGAAAUUGUUAUAAGUAAUUUUAAGAAAAUAAAUAAUGUAAAUAAACAUUUCUUAAAAUUUUAUUUUAUUAAUAUUAUAUUACCUUUUAAAAAAUUUUUUAAUGAUGAUUAUAUAAAAAAUAGACUAUUUUACAUUUAUAGUUUUAUUUUAAGAAAAUUAAAAAUUGAGGAAAUAAAAGCAUACAUUUUCAGUGAAAUUAUAUUCUUAAAUUACUCUAUUUUUAAUAUAUUAAAUACGAUAAAGUAUUCUCCAUUUCUUUUCUAUUAUUUAGAAUAUAAUAAAAAUAAGAUUGACGUCACCUUUUUUAAUGAUUCCAUAUUUAAGGGAGAUUAUAAUGCUUAUUUUCGUAAAUUUUAUAGGAACAAUUUAGACUAUUUUUUUUUAAUCGUAAAUUCUUGUAAAAAGGAAUACUAUUUAUUACCAAUAAUAAUAUAUAACAUUUAUAUUUUUUAUGAGAUUACUAUAAACAUUUCUGAAUAUUUUCAAUAUGAUAAGGCUUAUUUAAAUAAUUUUUUAUAUUAUUAUAAUUGCAAUAAUUUAAUAAAACUUUUUUUAUUGUUUUUAAAGAUAUUGAGAAUAAUAUACAAUGAAAAAAACAGCUUUUUAAAAUUGGAAGAUAAUUUAAGAAAUGAUCAAAUAAUUUUUUAUUUCUUAAAAAAAUUUUUUAAUUUAAAAGACUUCAAUAGUUUUUUUAUAAACUUUUUUGUUGACUUAUAUUUAUUUUAUAAAUCUUAUAAAAGCCUUUUUUUUGUACAUAUUUUUUUUCAAAAUUUUGAUAGAAGCUUAUACUUUUCAUUCUUAAAACAAUUUUUUAAAUUUCCUUUUUUCUUAUUUCAAGAAGAGAAAUAUUUAAAAGAAAAAAAUAACAAUGAUAUAUAUGAUAUUCAUUGUAAUUUUAUAUCAACAAUUCAAAAAAAUUCAAGUUACGUUGUGAAAUGCAAAGAUUUCAAUAAUUUUGUAGAGUAUCAGGAACAAAAUGUAAAUAAGAAAAUAUCUCAAUAUAUAGAGAAUAAUGAGAAUAGAAAAAAAAAAAAAAAAUCAAUGUAUGGAAAAAUGAAUAAUAGUGAUAUUGAAAAUUAUAAAAACAUUGAUAAAAGUAAUGAGACUAAUGAAAAUUCAUGCAUCAUUAGCUUUGAUAAUUGUAAAAUUUAUCCAGAAGAAAAAAACAAAAAAUAUAUAAAUGUGAAUAAACAAAAUGUGAGAAACUAUUUUUUAAUAAAUAUAAUUAAUAAUAUUUUUGAUGAAUUAAGUAGUUUCAUUUUACAAGAUAAUUUUUACGAAAUAAUUAAAGAUAAUAAUGAAAAAAUAUAUAUAGAAAAAAAUUAUAAAAAAAAUAAAAUUCAUAUCUUUAUUUUAACAUUAUUGAAAACAGAUAUAUUAAAUAGAAAUUUUAAAAGAAUAAAAAAAUAUAAUUUAAAUGUUAAUGAUUUUUUUUUUUAUUUUAUAUUAGAAAAGAAUUCUUAUAUUUUUAAUUGUCUACUUUCCAAAUCAUCUAUUCAUGCGUAUAAAGUAUCAAAAUUUUAUAAAGAUUGCCUUUCAUAUUUUAAAAUUAACAUAGAAGAUAUUUUAAAAAAAAGGUAUUCAGGAGAACAUUUAUUCAUGGAAAACAGAAAUGUAAGGAAAAAGGAUUUAUUUAAUGAACUAAAACUUUUCAUAAAAGAAUUUAACAAUUUAAAUUUAUUUAAAAAUUAUAAAAAGUUAAAAAAAUCAUAUAAUAUAUAUAGAAAUGAAAAAUAUCAUGAAGAAAGAAAUGACAUUUCUCACGAUGAAACGAAGCUAAAAUGGGUAAUUGAAUAUAUUAUUAAACAAAAAGAAACAAAAAAAGAAUCAAAUUUAAUAAAUAAAAAUCAUAUAGUUAAUUAUGAUGUUUAUAAUAUUAAUUUAUUAUUUGUUGGUUACUGUUUAAUUUUAAAUUGUUUAAAAUAUAAAUCAAAAAAUAAAAAAGAGUCAUUUCUUAUGUUAGCAAAUAUGUUUGAUAUGUUUUUGAGUAAAUUAAAAAAUCCUAAUAAUUUAAAAGAAAAUGCUUGUUUAUUAAAAAAUGCUCAACAUUUGAUUGAUUUGAUAUAUAUAAUGGAUGCAUAUCAGUUAAAAAUUACUAAUAAAUUAAUAACAAUUAUUAAUGAUAGAAACAAUUUUUACAGUAAUUCAAAUAUUAGUGUGUUUUUACAUAAUAAAUUAGAAACAUAUAAAAAAAAUUAUUUAGAUAAAUAUUUUUCUACUAAUCUUUAUACCUUUUAUUUAAAUCACGUAAAUAUUUACAACUGCUGGAAAAAAUUAACAAUUUUUAAAAAUAUAAUAUCUAAUGAUAAUUUUUUAUAUUUUAAUACAUCUUAUAUUUUUUCAAUAUUUGAUCAAAUACUAAAUGAUUUAAUAGAAAACUUAACAAAUCAAAUAUCCCAAAGAGAAGUAAACUUAAAUACAGUUGUUAAUUAUGAAAAUACAAAAGAAUGCAAUGAUGAUUUAUAUAAAAUUAUAGAUAAUUUUAUACACAUUAUAUAUAUCAACAAUAUUUUAACUUUUAUAUCUGUUUAUUCAAAAGAAUCCUUUUACAUUUAUUCUCUAUUUGAUUUUUACAUUAAAAUGAAGUCUUUUUUGAAAGAAAUAUUUAAAGAAAAUUAUAAAAGUUAUGAUCAUAAUAAUAGGGGGAAUAUUUUAAUGCAUAAUUUUAAUAAGGAAAGUAAAAGUGAUAAAAAUAAAAAGUAUAGCAAUAAUAGUACUGAAGAUAGUAACAUUAAACUCCAAAGUAAAAGAGAUGAUAAAAUAAAUAUUAAAAAUAAUAAUAUAGAUAACAACAGUUAUUUUAAUAAAAAUGAUAGUAAUAUAAAUGAACACAUUUGCUACACUUUAAUUUCACAUUUCCCUUUUUGCUUAAUAAAUAUAAAUGAAAUUAUAAAUUUAUAUAUUGAUUUUAUAAAUAACAACUUUUUUAAUAUUGUUAAUUAUCUUGAAAAUAAUAAAAAAGUAUUAACUUUAAUUUCUAGUUGCCAGUUUUUUAAAAAUAAUGAGAGUAAUAAUAAUAAUAAUAAUAAUGAUGAAAUAUCAAAAUAUUAUGGAAAUUUAAUAUUGUGUAAUACGUAUUUUUUUAAGAGUAUAAUUUAUAUAUAUAUGCAGAGUUGCAUAUAUUUAAAUAACCCACAACAUAUUUAUAAUUUUUUAAAAAAUAUUACUAGUAUAAAUAAAAAUAUAUUAAGUAUGAAUAUAAUAAAAUAUUUAUUAGGCAUAUUUUUUUUAAAAAAUAAAGAUUUUUAUUUUUGUAGGAUGUUUAUAGAAAAUGCUUUGUAUGAUUUAGAAGAAAAAAAUAAUGAAAGAAAUUUUAUUUAUGAUUUAAAUUCAUAUGAUGAUUUAAUAAAUUUAUAUUUUAUGAAUGUUUCAUUUUGUGAUAAUAAGAGGAAAUUAAGAAAUUUAUGUGAUAAUUUGAAUAAAACUAUAUUCUUACACACAAAUCAUGUAGAUAAUAAAAAUGACUUUUUAAAUCUUAUUAUAAAUUAUUAUGACUAUAAUUUAUCUAUGAUGCAUAAUUCAAAGUAUGAUAUAAAUGAUUCUUCCUUUUAUAAUUUUGAAGACGUUAAAAAAAAAGAACAAGUUUUACAGAGUUAUGAGAAUUUUCAUAAGAAUAAUAAUAUUGACAGUGAUGAUAUUAAUCAUAGUUUUAAUAAAAAUAUAUCAAAUGUAAAAUUAAAAAAUAAUUCUAUCUAUAAUGAUAUAUUAGAAAAAAAUGCUUUAUUUGUUAUCAAAAACAUUAAUAAAAACAAACUAGUUCAUGAAUAUGAUGAAAAAUCAGAAAAGGCGAAAUUUCUGUUUUAUAACUUUAAUAAAUACUUAAAGAAAAACUCCUUUUAUUGUUAUGAGUUUUAUAUAAGAAAAAAAUUAUUCACUGGUUAUAUGAAUAACGAAAAUAAAAUAAAUGUAUUAAGAAAAAAAAAUAAAUUUUGUUAUACUAAUAAUAUAAAUCUAUAUAACACAGAUUAUUUGAAAGAAGAUUUUAUGAACAACAGUAUAUACAAAUAUUUUUCUUAUAGAAACAGAAAAGAUAUUUUGAUAUUUUUUUUGAUAAAUAAUAUAUUCAAUUUUUAUAAAAAAAAAAAUAAUUUUUUUUCUAUAUAUUUAUUAAUAAAAAAUAAUUACAAAUAUAAAAAAUAUAUAGAAAAUAAUAAAUUGUUUUUUUCAAUUAUUAAUAAUAAUCACUUAAAUAACUUUUCUAUAAAAUACAAAUUAAAAAAUCUUGAGGUAUCAAAUAAAUUAUUAUAUCACCAUAUAUUUGUAAAAGAGAGAUCUUUUUUAAACAAACCAAUUUUUAAAUAUGACAAUGAAAAUGAGUGUGUAUUAGAUAAUGAUAUUGAUAUUAAUUAUUCUAAAAUGAAUGAAAAUUAUUUAAAUUUUAUAUUCCAUGUGUUAAAUAAGAGAAAUUAUUAUGAAAAUACCAAUUUUAGAGAACAUAUUGAAUAUAUAAAUAAUAUGAAAAAUGAAAAUAACACCUUUUUAUAUAAUAAUUAUGAAGAUAAUAUUUUUAAACAUUUAUAUAAUGAGUAUAUGAAUGAAGAAUAUUUAAUAAUCAAUGAAAUUGAAAAAAAAAAAAUGAAUGUUCAUUAUUCUUAUUGGAAUAAUAGUUUCAAAAACAAUUUAUUUUUAUUGAAGAUAUAUUAUGAAUUAUAUGUAUCCAAAACAAAAGGAAAAAUGCAGAAAAAGUGUAAUGAAUAUAUAGACAUUUCUUACUUAGUAGAAUUGAAAAAAAUUAGAAAGUUAAUUAUUAAAUUUAGUAAUUGCAAACAAAAAUUUUAUGAUUGGAACUACAUAAAAUCUUAUUUAUAUGAUAAAAAAAAGGAUAAUAGUUCAUAUAUUGAUAUAAUUUUAAAUCAUUUAUUAUUUUUACAAUAUACAAAAACAUUAUUUUUAUAUAAUUCAAUUAAUUCUAUGAUAAAUUCUUUUGAUUAUUCUUUUAAUUCUAAUGUAAACCAAAAAAAUAGUGAUGGUUCUAUUUAUCUAAAAAAUAAUUUUAAAAUAAAAAAUAAAUUAUUAUUUCUAUUUAAAAACAUAUUUAUAUUUUAUCAUGAAAAGGAAAUUUUAAAAAAAAUGUUAUUAAGUAGCAUUCAAACAAGGAAUGUUGAAAUAUUAUCUCAAGAGAUAUAUGAAAUUGGAUUAAAAAAUAAAAGUAUACCAAAAAUAUGUGAAAAAGAAGGAGUAAAAUAUAUACACAAUGAAUGCCAUAAUAAUUUUAUUUAUGAUUGUAAUAUAAUCGAUAAAAAUGAUGAGAAAAAUGUAAUAAAAAAAAAUGAAAUAGAAGACAAUUUUGUAAUAAACUCUGCAACAAAUUAUGAUUUAUGUAUUUAUGAUUUCAUUAUAAAAAUUCCUAUUUAUAUGUAUGCCUUAAUUUAUAGAAAUAUACUAAAUUACUUUUUUGAAAAAAAUGAAGAUUUAAAUUUAAAAAGAAUAAUUUUUUUUUUGUUUCUUCAUUUAUACAAAAAAAUACCAGAAAUCAUUACCAUUCAUUUAACUGCUUUUUAUAAAAUGUUUAUUUAUGAUAAAUAUAAAAAAAUUUUUAAUGAAAAUUUUUUUUCUCUACUUUAUAAAAAACAGAAUAAUCUUAUGAAUAAAAAUGACUAUCAAGAGAGAAAUAUUUAUAACGAUAAAUUUCAUAUAGCAAAUACUUUAUAUGAAAAAAGUGCAAUAAGUAAUGAACAAGAGAAAAUAAUAAAUGAAUUUGAAAAUAUGGAAAAACAUUUAACAACUUGUGUUCAUUAUAAUAAUAGUGAAAAAGAAGAUAAAUUUUCAGAUAUACAUAUUGAUUCAAAUUCAAAAGAAAGUGAAGAAAAACAUAACAUAUUACAUGAUUAUUUUAUAACUUGUAAUAAUGUUACAGUCAUACAAUUUUUUAAUAAGAUAAAAGAUUCAAAUUUUUUAUUUUGCUUAGAUUUUAACGAUAAUAUAACAAGUUUGUUAAAUUCAUUUGAAUUAAUUUUUUCUAGGAUUUUUCAAAUAUUAUUAUCUUAUGUAAAGCAUUUAAUGAAUAUUUAUAUUAAAAAUAUGCAAUUUCCUUCUUUAAAAACUGAAGAAAUGCAACAUUCAUUAAAUUCAAGUCAAACAGAAAAGGAUUUAUCAGAUGAUAAUGAAACUGUAAAAUGUGAAUUAAAUAAUUUGUGGAAAAAUAAAUUUUUAUUCCUUUUAAUUUUCCUAAACGAGUUAGUUUUAUAUUUGAAUGAUGAAUGUGAAAACAAUAAUAUUUUUCUUAAUUAUUUUUUUUUCCAUAUGCAUUUAAUGUCAGAGUUUUCUAAUAUUACUAAUAUAAAUUUUUACAUAAAAAAUUUGAUUGAAGAAGAAUUAAGAAAAAUAUAUAUAGUAUUCAUAGAUUUCUAUUGUUAUUUAUAUAUUAAGAAGAAAAUUAAAUUAAUUAAAGAUAUAAAAGUUAGUAUAAAAAAACAUAUUCUCAUAACACAAAAUAUAGAUAUUCCUGAAUUUAAUAUAAAACAUUUUGAGGAACUAAAACAGUUUUUAUUUAAUUUUAAUAAUUUUUUAUAUAAAAUUAUUGAAAAUAACAAAGUUCUUGACUUAAAAAAUUGUUUCUUUAGCGAUUUUAUAGAAUAUAAAUCUUCCACAAAAAAUUCAGAACUUAUUAACUUAUUCUUAGAAGAAAAAACAUGCUAUGAUAUGAUAGCUUAUAAUAAAAUAAUUAAUUUUAGAAAUGAAGUUUAUACAAUUAAAAUAAAUAAUCCUAUGAAAAUUAUCACAAUUAUUUUUCAAAAUGGUAAUAUAAAUUCAUAUAUAAUUAAAUAUGGAGAAGAUUUAAGAAUAAAUAAAUAUAUAUCAGAUUUUUUUGAUUUCACAUUUCAUUUAAUAAAUAAAAAAAAGUUUUACAAGAAUUCUUUAUGUGAUAAAUUUUUAUAUAAUAAUAUUUUUCAUUCAAAUAAAGUUCUGAAAAAUAUGAUUAUGCGAGAAGAGGAAAUAUUUUUUGAUUUUAGUAAAUGUAUCACUGUAAAUUCAUCCGAUAUAAUAUAUUUAUCCAAUAUAAUAGGUUUAAUAAAAAAAAAUAAAAAUGUAAUAUCUGUUUUAUCUUUAAUCAAUGAUGAAAAUAAGAAAAAUUUUAAUGAAAAUUACAAUGAAAAAUUUGCAAAAAAGAUAAAAAAGUAUGAAGAAGAAAAAAUGAAUCAAAUAAAAAGCAGUGUUUAUAGUGAACAAAAAAUGGUAUUUGAAAAUGGAAAAAAUGAAAUAGAAAAAAUUGAUAAGUAUGUGAGUAUUAAAAACAAGAAAAUAACUAAAAGAGAAAAAAAAAAAAUAUUAAAAGAAGUUUAUGAAGAAUUAAAAGUUGAAUAUGAGAAACAAACAUAUAGUAUUAAAUUAUAUAUACAUAUGUUAAGUAAUAAUAACAAAGAAUAUUUUAAUAAUAGAAAAAAAUAUACAUCAUCUUUAAUUUUUAAUAGUUGUAUAAAUUUUAUUGCAAAGGUUGGUGAUAGACAUUUAAAUAAUAUCUUAUAUGAUUAUAUUAAUCAUGAAAUUUUUAAUAUUGAUUUAAAUUUAAGUUUUCAAAAAGGGUUAUAUUUAACUAACCCCGAAGUAGUACCUAUAAGAAUAACUGAUAUUUUCUGGAAAGCAACUAUAUUUAAUUUUUCUAAUUCUACUUUUAUUUAUAAUUUAAAUAAAAUAUCAUCUAUCAUUUAUCAAUACAAAAACUAUUAUUUAAAUAAUUUUUUCCAAUUCUUUUUUUAUCCCUUUUAUUACCAUAAAAAUAGAAAUUUCUUUCAAAUAUUACAGUUUAAUCACUCAUUAAAAAGUAAUUGUUCUAUUACUAAUUAUGUAGAAAAAAAGUGUUCAUUACAAAACAUUAAUGAUUUGUUAUUUUUUAUUUAUUCUAUGAUCAAAUGUUUUAAUAGUAUAUAUAUGAAUCACAGUUUUAUAAUUAACAAUAUAAAUAAAUUUAAGAAAAUUAUACCCUCUCAUAUUCACCCUAUGUAUUAUAAUAAUAUAAAACUAAAAAACAAAAUAGGUAAUUUAAUAAAUAAUCGAUUAUAUUACUUUCAUUAUAGAAAAAUUAUAAAUUCUUCUAAUAAUUACAUGAAUCAAAUAUUUUGUAAGAUAUUUUAUUUGAUAAAUAAUUACAAAUAUGUUAAAAAGAAAAACACAAUGGAGGAAACUCAACAAAAUAUAUUUGAUAAAGAAAAUGAGAGAACAAAGAAGGAAACAAAAAAUAUGAUAAUCAAUAUAAAUCAUGAAAUUAAGUGCCUAUAUAAUUAUCCAUAUGUACUUAGUAACUCAAUUAACAGUAAUGAUAAAAAUUAUGAUGAAAAUUUAAAUGAAAGUAACAAGGAUAUUUUAUAUAUAGACCAUAAAAAUAAUAUGAAAAAUCUUUUUAAAAAAGUACCUCUAUAUCAUUUAAAUAAAUUACAUAAAUUGUUACAAUUAAAAGAAAUAAAUAAAUUAUAUUUAUUAAAAAUUGAAAAGUGUAUAAAAAAAUUAUUUGUAAUUUAUAACCAAAAUUAUUUAAUAAAUAAAACAAUAAACAAGAAAUUCCACACAGCGAAAGAUUGCAUUAUAGAAUGUUUAAAAAUCAACAAAACAAAUAUAAGCAAUGAAUCGUUAACAGAAAUAAAUAACAUUUUAUAUGAUAAUUUUUUGAUAAUAGAAAAUAUUGUAAAUAAAAAUAUGAAGACACAUUUCAUUUAUAUAUAUUUCAUUUCUUAUAUGUUUUAUAUUUUUUCAAUUGACUUAAAAAAAAUUAUGAAAAUUUAUAUAUCUCAUAAAAGAAAUUCUUUAAAAUAUUUUAUGAAAGAAUCCUUUUUCUUUCCUCAAGUAAAAAGAAGUUGUUUAAGAAAAAUAAUAAUAAACACUAGUAAGUAUUUAUAUAAUUUAAAAAAUAACAAUAUUUUUUACUAUUUAUCAAUUGAAGAUAAUAAAAUUAAAAAUGAUAAUAACGACUUACAGAAACAAACUCACAAAUAUUCAAAAAAUGAUGAUAAUACUGACAUAAAUUUCUUAAACACGAAGGAAUAUGAAAAAAUAAAAAAUUACUUAAUUAUUAUUAAUGAAAAUAUAACAAAUAUAAGUAAAGUUUAUAAUAUGAUUAAAAAAAAAUAUACAGAUAUAUUAAAUUCAAUAAUAAUUUAUUCGACAUUAUUUAUAUUUUUGUAUUUGAAAAAUAUUGAUUUAAAAAUGGAAGAAAAAGAAAAGAUAUUUUAUUCUCAUUAUAGAAAUUUUAAUUUAAAAUAUGAUUUUUUUUAUGCAUAUUUAUUUAAUUCUCCUUUAGAAAAUAACACAUAUGUGUAUUAUGUUUCUUUUAAAAUUUUAUAUAUAUUGAAAUAUAUACAAUAUUUUUUACAAAAUAAUUAUUAUAAAUAUUACUUAAGUAUACUAUUAUGCCUAGAAAAAAAUAAAAAAACAAAAAAGUGUAUAUAUAUUAAUAAUAAUAAUAAUAGGAAUAAUGAAAAUAUAAAAGUAGGAAUUAGACAAAAAAUAUAUAAUACAUUUUAUGAGUUAAAAAAAGCGAAAACAAAAAUUGAUGUAAAAAAAAAAAAAAAAAAAUGUUUUAGAUUUACUCAUAAAAUUAUUAUAAAAAGCAAUAUAAGGCGUUAUGCUAGCUCUCAUUACAAAAAUAGGAACCUCCUAAAUUAUUUUAACUUUUUAAUUUAUUUAUUGAGUAGAAAUAAUUUCAAAAAGAAUAUCAUGAAGCAAAUAAACAAUUUUUAUAAAUAUAUGAUUAUUUUUCAAAAUAUAAAAAUAAACAAUAAGAAGAAAAUUAAUAUUGUAUAUGCUUACAACAAAAUAGUUGAAAUGUACCGUUUUUAUGAUAUAAAUAUAUAUUAUAAGAAAAAUAUAAUUGAUAUAUAUAGAGAUAAAAAUUUGUAUUUUUAUAAACCAUUUUAUGACUCAAAAAUGUUUUUACAUGAUGAUAAUGAAUUAGACCUCUCGGAAAAUUCUGAUGAUAGUAUUACUUUUAAUGAACAAAAUAAGUUGUUAAAAUUUCACAAAAGUAUAUAUUAUAGCAAUCAUAAAUUUAAAAAAAUAAAAGAACUUAAAAAUAAGAAGGAAAAUAGAAAAAAUUGUGUAAUUCAAAAAACAAAAAUGAAUAUAAAACCUUUUGAAAAGUUUCAAAGAAUUAAUAAAUUACAUAAAGAAAUAGAUGAAGAGAAAUUAUAUUAUAAUGAGUUAAAUAUGCUGUAUUAUAUGAAACAUUUUGAAAGUAAUAACGAUGUUCAUUUUUUUAAUCAAAAAAUUUAUUACAACGAAAAAGAUUGUGAUAUUUUAUUAUCAUCUAAAAACUUAAUUUCUUCUAUUUAUUAUGCACAAAAUGAUUUAAUGAAAAAAAGUAGGAAACCUGCUAAUUUACAUUUUUUAAGAAAAAGCAAUUUAUUUCAACAAGUUUUUUACGUGUCUAAAUCACCAAAUUAUUUAUCUAAAAUAUAUCAAGGAUGGGCACCAUGGUUGUAG